AUGAACAUGUUAACAAUAGCCUUGUCUCUGCUUUUAAUCUGUUUCGUCUUCUUCUUUUUCACCACCGGAAAAUCAUGUUCCGGUGAUAAAGGAGCCAAAAUCCCUCCGAGUCCUCCAAGGUUACCUAUACUUGGUAACAUCCUUCAAAUCGGUGAAAAGCCUCACCGCUCACUUACUGAUCUCUCGAGGAUUUACGGAAGCGUAAUGAGUCUUAAGCUUGGUUGUUUGACUAUGGUGGUGGUAUCUUCCCCGGAAGCAGCAAAAGAAGUGCUGAAAACACAUGACCAUGCCUUGUGUUAUCGAAUCUCCAAUGAUCCGGUUCGAGCCGCUGGUCAUCACGAGCGUUCCUUUGUCUGGCUACCUCCGUUUGCUCGUUGGAGGUUUCUAAGAAAGAUAACGACGAACCAAUUGCUAUCAACGCAGCGUUUAGAAGCAACCAAGGACUUAAGAAUGAGCAAGGUGCAAGAACUUAUGAGCUUCGUUAACAAAUGCAGCGAGAGAAGCGAACCUGUGAACAUGGCUCGUGCAUCAUUCAUCACAUCACUCAAUAUAAUCUCGAACGCUCUGUUUUCCACAGACCUCGCAAGCUUUGAUGACUCCGACACAACUCGCGAGUUACACGACGUGGUGCUUCGGAUGAUGGAGAUCGCCGGAAAACCCAACGUAGCUGAUUUUUUCCCAUUUCUUGGGUUUCUUGAUCUGCAAGGUACUAGAAAAGAAGCGAGGUUAAGGAUGCACAGAUUGUUUAAGGUUUUUCAAGGAUUCAUCGUUACAAAGAGAUCAUCAAAUGCUUCGAGAAACAGCAACGAUAUGCUAGAUUCUCUUUUGAAUAUUGCUCAAGAAAACGAAUCAGAACUCGAUGAUAAUGAUAUCAAGCAUUUGCUUCUCGACUUAUCUCUGGCGGGAAUAGACACGACUUCGAGUGCAGUAGAAUGGGCAAUGGCAGAGUUACUUCGAAACCCUAAGAUGAAACUUAAAGCUCAAGAAGAGAUAAGACAAGUGAUAGGGCAAAAGAAAGCCGUUGAAGAAUCGGAUACCUUCAAGUUACCUUAUUUGCAAGCAGUAGUGAAAGAAACUCUUCGUUUGCAUCCAUCUGCUCCUUUUCUCAUCCCUCGAAAAUCCGAAUCUGAUGUCCGAAUUUUCGACUUCCUCAUUCCUAAGUAUACUCAGGUUCUUGUGAACAUAUGGGCGAUAGGACGAGAUCCGAGCGUGUGGGAGAAUCCGACGCAGUUCGAGCCAGAUAGGUUUCUUAGACGAGAUAUCGAUGUAAAAGGCAAUGAUUUUGAGCUGAUUCCGUUUGGAGCUGGACGAAGGAUUUGCCCAGGAAUGCCAUUUGCGUUUAGGACAAUGCAUCUAGUUCUUGCGUCUCUUCUCCAUGGCUUUGACUGGAAGUAUCCAAACGCCAUCGUUUCAGAAAAUGUGGAUAUGACCGAGGGCUUCGGUGCUACCUUGCACAGAGCCGAACCACUAUGUGUCGUGCCUAUCAAGAAACGUAUUUGA